AUGAAAAUGGCCCGUGAUCUUUCUCAAGGAAACGAGUUCGAAGAAGAUGAGGAAGAAUUCCGUCCUCGGGGUAAUAAUCUGAAGCUAUGGGGAAAUCAAGUGACAAUGAAUAUUAAUCCAAUGAUUCACACAAAUAUUAUUCAGUCUCCAUAUUUCAAGACAAACCUUAUCGAACUGAAGACAUAUCACGAGGUUAUUGAUGAAAUUUACUACAAAGUCACACAUCUGGAGCCGUGGGAACGCAAUAGCCGUCGUGUUGGUGGACAGACAGGUAUGUGCGGUGGUGUGCGAGGUGUAGGAGCUGGAGGAAUCGUUUCAACUGCCUAUUGCUUGCUCUUUAAACUCUUCACUCUGAAACUAACUCGAAAACAGCUGAAGGGUCUAUUGGAACACCCAGAUUCUCCAUACAUAAGGUCUCUGGGCUUCAUGUACAUUAGAUAUUGUCUCCCUCCAGAGGAUCUUUGGAUGUGGUUUUCGCCAUAUCUUGAUGAUGAAGAGGAAGUCGAUGUGCGUGCUGGUGGAGGUUGUACCAUGACAAUUGGAGCGAUGUUGGAGCAAUUUCUCACCAAGCUUGAUUGGUUUACAACCUUAUUUCCUAGGAUACCUGUACCUGUUCAGAAAAAAAUAGAGGAGAAGCUGAGGGAGUACAAACGCAAUCAGUCUCUAAUGGAGAAAGAACCUUCACGGGAUCCAAAACAUAGUGAUCGGGAAGAACUCAGCGAUUCUGUUGACCGUUAUUCGAAGGAAAGAAAGAGACAUAAGGAACAUGAUCGAGAUCGUUCCUCCAAGCGUCGUUCACGUUCUCGGGAAAAGGUUCGAAAUCAUCGUCCCAAACCUCAUCAUCGUCAUCGGUCAUCUCGCUCAAGGUCAAGGAGUCGCGAUCGCGGCGGACGAGAUGAACGAGAGAGCUCUUUCGAUCGGGACAUGCGCCGUGCUCGCGAGAAAAUGCGACGUUGA